UAAAGAGCAUUCCCUCCCCCUAAAUAACAAACAGCAACACAGCCCCCAUAAUCACAGCCUCCACCAUCACAGUUCACAGAGCGACUGCAGAGUUCAGAGCCUCCCAGGUUUGGACCAGAGACUAGAGGGCAGAUCCAUGUUUGAUGAAGAUGCCACUCUCCUCUUGGCGAACGAUUGCGGCCCAGUUUCGGAAUGUCUGUCUAUCUGUCUAUCUACCUGUCUAUCUAUCUGUCUGUCUAUCUGAAGCUUUAGUCCCUUGAUGUGCACGUGGCACGACGCAUCUCGAUACAAACUUAACCGCCGCAAGUCCCUUUUCCUCACACCGAGGUCCUCAAUAUGACCUCAAAUGAGACCCGUUAGCAUCACUCCGCGGUUGCCCCUAGCGUUGUGUCUUCAAAGCUUUGCCCCCUUUUUUCCCCCAAUACGAAAGUCGCCCACACUGCCACAUGUCUAAUCUUGUCCGCCGAGCCUCCCACAAAUCGCCGACUCGAUUUGGAUCGCCCAGAUAAUGUCCAAAAAUGGAUCGUUUGCUUGAACCCAUGUCUCCCCGGUUGCCUCAUGUGUGCGCAGAGUCGUCCAGAAGCCUCGCAGUUGCUUGUCUACGAAAUCCCCCGUCGCAAGUGUACAAGAAUAUCGACACACUAACGACGACGGACAGACCCUGCAGUGCGUGCAGCAUGCACCUCGGCAGAGCCUCCUCGAAAGUUACAGCAGUCCUGCAUGAGUGCCGCCGUGCAUGUGCGAUGAGGCCGAAAGCUUGACAACCUCGGCUUCGCAGCUUCGAGUUUCAAACACGGAGCUUGAUCCCAAAUACACGCGGUCCUGAUGAAACACGAAGCUAGCAACGUCCCCUUCGCGAGAACAAAAAUGCAACGCGAUGCCGUGUCCCCUGAUUCUUGUCAUGUCACGGGACGGUUUGUCUUCAUCGACAUCUCACCAUGGAUCCGCUCACCAUCGUCACUGCCGCAGCAUCUUUGGCGGGCGCCGUUCUGAAAGCGUCGUUCAAGAUCAAAGAGACCGUCGACGCCUACGACGACGCGCCGCAAAACGUCGCCGACAUCGCCGAGGAGGUGCACGCGGUCCAGAUCGCCCUUCGCCAGGUCGAGAGCGUCGUGCUCCAGGACCCCGAGGCGAUCGAACGGCUGAACUUGGAGGACGUUUUCGCCGUCGCCGUCAACGGUUGCCACGCGACGCUUCUGUCCAUCAGCAAGGAAUAUGAAGACCUCUUCCUCCGCAGCGACUGGAGAGCCAAGAUCAAGGUCCUGUGGAAGGAUGGAGAGAUGACGCGGCUCCUUGGUCGCCUGGACCGGAAGAAAGCGACGUUGACGCUCCUCACGCAGACGUUGAACCUACGUUCUACGCAAGACAUCAAGGCUCUACUGCUACAGAAUCAGUCAACGUUGAACGCAGCGAAGCAAGACCUUAAAGAGCCCGCGUCAUACCACGCAGACUUCCGGCCAACGAGUCCAGAUUCCUUGGAUAACUGCAGUGAGGCCAGAACACCGAGGGUCAGAGAUUCGGUUCUCAGCACCACUGAAUUCGACUUCGACUACGACUUGAUCAAUACAAAGACCUACAGACGCGCUUUGCAGAGAUAUGUGGCCGCAGGUCCGGGAGUAGAUCCGAGUCCUGAACAGGAAACGGAAAGCUUGCCUGAGUUUGCACUGCCCCUCGAUCCGCUCCUAGAAGAGGAAGACGGCACCGGAGAUCGUACCGGGUCGCCGUCAGAGUCGCUGACAUUCCAGUCGCGGCUCUCUCGGGCAACCACCCUGCAGCCCGGUUCGGAGGGUGUAGCGUUCGCCAAUCCGCCUGCCACGCCGCCCAAAGAGCCUACAGUACAGACUGUACGGUCCGAGGUCAACGAACCCAAAGCUGACCAGCCAGCAACCACUCUGGAGAUUCACGAUGCUGCCAGAAAGAAGCAACUUUCUUGGAAAAAGCCGGACAUUCGUGCACCGCGACACCUCACCGCGGGACUGGCAGCAGAAAGGCAUCGUCGACGGAAGAAGCACGAGCAGCCUGCCCUUCCCGAGGCAUCAUCGUCACCCCAGAUGUCGGAAGAUUCACUCUGGCACAGAGAUGGUGCCGAGUCUGCCUCGAGUUGUCCUACAACGGCCGACACGACCCCUGGCAUGACCUUUGCGGAGCAAGUUCGCGACAAGCCCGAGAAGCGACGCAAGUGCGGCCGUCCCGUACAUCACAGGCGACGACACGAAAGGGAAGCGCUGCACACGCGAAGGUCCGAGACGUCGAGCGCAGCACUGAGCUCUGUGGAUUCAGUGACGGACGCUCUGGAACAGCUUGGCCUGCCAAAGUCGAGAGCGUUCGGGAGAGAAAGGGGGCGGCGGAAGCAGGCUGUCUAG